AUUAUUUUAGGCUGUUUUAUCUUUUCCCUUGAUUGUUUCUGGUUCAUAGCUUGCAUUUUUGCUCCAUUGAUACCUAUAACAAGGAACAAUGAGUGAGCAUUUUCUUGAUAUUUGCUUUGUCCAAAAACUAAAAUAUUAUUCUGAGAAAAAACUAUUCCAUGUAAAACUUAUUUUUAACCACACCACAUACUUAUACUUUUUUAUCUAAAAAUGGAAAAACCUUGAAGUCAGUCGUACGAAAACGAAAUUUACUUAUUAAUCGCAAUCGCAUAUGCGGUGAUGAGUACAAAUUUACAAUCUUUUCACAAUUAUUAUGGCCUGGGUUUGGCAUUAGAUAAGUUUACUUUAUCUGAUAGUGAUCGCGUACCUAACCAAUCAAGCAAGUAGUGCAAUAGUGCAAUGGUUUCGUAACCUAAAUGAAUUGGAAAAUUAAAUGAUUCUCAAUAUUGGGUUAUUGUCAAGGCACAAAUAAUUCAAUUUCCUUGCCAAGAAAGUUCAAACACCUAUUUUUAACUUUUCAUCAGUAUUGAGUGCGGCGUGUAUUUUUACAACGUAAGCUUCGGCAUUAAUGUUUUGUCUGUUGAGUGCAUCAUCAUUCGAUUAAUUUGUGCAUAAAUGAGUUCAAGGGGUGUUGCUCUAAGUCCUGACAGUGACGAAAAUGGGCUAGUGUUGAAUUCGCCUAAUUUUCUAAGUGUUAAUUCCUUUGUUGAUGAAGAUAGAGCAGGUAAUGAGAGUCCCUCGUCUUUUGUUGGUAACGCACCGUUUUCCGACACAGAACCUGAAUUACCCAAUGAAAUAUCGGCUCCUUAUGAAGUACCACAGUUUCCCAUUGAACAAAUCGAGAAGAAGUUACAGAUACAAAGACAAUUGAACACAAAGCUAGAAGAUCGUCGUAGUCAUUAUGAACCCUCAGUGGCGGGCGCUGCGGAAGUUGACGACUUGGAGGAUCAUGAACUCUACGUGCCACACUUUCAAAGAGUUUCCAUUUCUGGAGAGGAUACUAGCGGGGUCCCCUUGGAAGAUCUCGAACGCGCCUCUACACUGCUCAUCCAGGCACUGGAAAUCAGGAAACGCUACAUGAACAUGUCGCAUCAAAGCUUUUCAUCUACGGUUGCCAGAUUUUUAGAUCCUGACAAGGAACAACAACAGCACGAUGAAAAACAGACUAUCGAAGAUAAAGAAUAUAUGCUACUAUUGGAAAGAACGGCAAGAACAUCAUUUGACGACGUGUUGUUACAAUCGCUGAGGACAAGAGAAGACCUCGAGAGUAUUUUAAAGUCGAACGAUUCGUUCCCAGAACAUGGAAUUCAUCAUCCACCCACCACAAGACCAUGGGAAGCUCCAGAUACGCCAGACACAUGCGAAAUUUUCAUCAACAAAAACGGAGUUUACAACGUGUAUCGGGACAAAGAAGCUGUUAAAGCAGGAAAAGCCAACGACUAUGCUUAUCCCGACGUUAUCCAGUUUACCGAUGACUUUUACAAUAUGUGUAAUAUGAUUGCCGAUGGCCCAUUAAAGUCAUUUUGUUAUCGUCGCCUGAGCUAUCUAUCUUCAAAAUUCCAAUUGCACGUGCUGCUCAAUGAACUCCGCGAGUUGGCUUCGCAAAAAGCAGUGCCCCACAGAGAUUUCUACAACAUAAGAAAGGUGGACACCCAUAUUCAUGCCGCCUCGUGUAUGAACCAGAAACAUCUGCUGCGAUUCAUCAAGAAAACAUUGAAAACCAACGCCCACGAAGUGGUGACGGUCACCAAUGGCAAGCAGAUGACUUUAAGAGAAGUGUUCCAGUCAAUGAACCUCACCCCGUUCGAUCUAACAGUCGACAUGUUGGACGUGCACGCGGACAGAAACACUUUCCACAGAUUUGACAAAUUCAACGCAAAAUAUAAUCCGAUUGGUGAGAGUAGGCUCAGAGAAGUCUUCCUUAAAACCGACAACUUCAUAAAAGGAAAAUAUUUCGCCAGCAUUAUAAAUGAAGUCUCGAGCGAUCUGGAAGAAUCCAAAUACCAAAAUGCCGAGCUGAGGCUCAGUAUUUAUGGUAAAACUAAGGACGAAUGGGACAAAUUAGCUUCUUGGGCUAUAGAUUCCAACGUUUACUCUGAUAAUGUGCGUUGGUUGAUUCAAACGCCCAGAUUAUUUGACAUUUUCAGACUAAACAAAGUCCUAACCAAUUUCCAAGAAGUAAUCGACAACAUUUUCCUGCCCCUAUUUGAAGUAACAGCCCGACCAAGCUCUCAUCCAGAGCUACACAAAUUCCUUCAAUACGUGAUUGGUUUCGAUUCUGUAGACGAUGAAAGUAAGCCAGAAAAGAAUCCAUUGUUCGACAAAGAAACGCCAAAGCCUGAAGACUGGUGCGACGAUGAAAAUCCAAAUUACGCCUAUUACAUGUAUUACAUGUAUGCUAAUUUAUGUGUACUAAAUCAUUUCAGGGCUGAAAAAGGAUUGCCGACGUUUGUAUUGAGGCCUCAUUGCGGUGAAGCUGGACCUGUGCAGCAUUUAGUUUGCGGCUAUAUGUUAUCAGAAAAUAUUUCCCAUGGGCUACUGUUAAGAAAAGUCCCUGUAUUGCAGUAUCUUUAUUACUUAGCUCAAAUAGGCAUAGCAAUGUCACCGCUAUCAAAUAACAGCCUCUUUUUAAACUAUCACAGAAAUCCUUUGCCAGAAUAUUUAGCCAGAGGCUUGGUAGUGUCCCUUUCUACUGACGAUCCACUUCAGUUUCACUUCACCAAAGAACCUUUGAUGGAAGAAUAUUCGAUUGCAGCUCAAGUAUGGAAAUUAUCCAGCUGUGAUAUGUGCGAACUGUCCAGAAACAGCGUCCUGAUGUCAGGAUUUGGACAUAAAACCAAGCAAUAUUGGCUCGGGCCCAAUUAUACUAAAGAAGGCGUUGCUGGAAAUGACAUCGCAAGAACUAACGUUCCGGAUAUUCGAGUUGCUUUCAGAUACGAAACGCUUAUCGAUGAAUUGUCUAAUAUUUUUAAAAAUCAUAAAUUAGAAAUGGAAAUGUUGGAGCAAAGUAAUACUAGCACAUAAAUAAUCGUAAAUAGUUGAGUAACCAUAGACUAUAGAUGGAAAAAUUUAAAAAGCUUAUAAACAACCUCAAAUAAUUUUUAUUAAUUUAUUAUCAUAAACCUCCUCCUAGGAAAUAUUGUGAUGUUCUGAAGCCUUAAAACCGAAACGAAAAAUAGGGUAACGGAGAUUUUCGAAGCUAUAGUAAACUUUACAUAUUUUUAUAUUUCUUUUUAUUAUGAGUUUACAAUUUAUAAAAUUAAGGGUAGCUGAAACUACUAGAGUUAUGAAAGAAUUUUGAAUAGUUACCUACCUUGUUCUAGUAGUUCAAAAUAAUAAUUACAAUAUUAGAAUGUUGAAUACAAACUAGAAUACUUACAUUAAAGUAAAUAACUAUGAUGUAGCCUUGCAAUUUAUUAAUUAAUCAUAUUUUUCAGCAGUUGAAAAACUAAUUUUUCAAUUUAUUAUUCACUGCAAUUAUAUUAAGUACUGUACUAAAAUGUGAUGACUGAUAAAUUCAUCUAUUAAUUUAUGAUAAUUUUUCCUUUAUUCAUGUUAAAUAAAGCACUAGAAAAAAAUUAUAGUAUGUAGGUAUUUAGUAUUUUUUUGUCUCCAAAACAUAAUUUUUUCUUCAGCUGUGCGGAAGAAUCAACUUUCCGCACCCAAAAGCAUGCGGAAAAUUGAUUUUAUUUACAAUCAUA